AUGAUUGGGUUGUUGCAGCCUAACCGUUUGGCAGCAGCUGUGAAGAGUUUGCAUUCGCGAAGCUCUCUGGAGAUUCAUAAGCUACUUAAAGAUAGUGACGAUUUCUGUAUUUGUUAUAACCCUGGAGAAGAAGAAGAGUCACCACAAAAGAUUAAUGUAGAGAAAAUGGUGGAAAUGUUACCUCAGCACCUCAUGGCAGUGCUUGUGACUGCUGAUAAAGAUGAAAAGUAUGAAUAUUUACUGCGUGGGAUCAGAGUGUUGCAGACAUUUUGCGACUUAACACCUCGUCACACUAAACUCGAGCAGGUCUUGCUUGAUGAUGUGAAAUUAUCAGGACUGAUGCUUGAUUUCGUGUUCCUUGUGCUAAUAGCUCUUGGCGGGCAUAGAAAGGAAAGCCGGAGUUCAGAUUAUAGUACAUUGUUAGACGCAACAGUGGUGGCUUCGAGUCUCUACCUGUUGCACGGGAUAAUCUCUCCUAACUACCAAGAUCUUGUUCAAGUCUUGCUUGCACACCCUAAGGUUGAUGUGUUUAUAGACAGUGCUUUUGGAGCGGUUCACAAUGUUUUGAGGUCUUUAAGAGGGAAGGUGAUGUAUGGACGAAUUGAUCUACGACCGAGAGUUGUAAGCUCAAAAGCUGUAGAGGCGAUUAUCGUCCACUGCCAACAAGCUGAAGCUGCUUUGCAGUUCCUUCUAUCUCUAUGCCAACACAAACAGUUUAGAGACCGUGUCGCGGAAAGCAAGGAGCUAUGUGGAAAUGGUGGUGUACUUAUGCUAGCUCAAUCCAUAUUAUCUCUGACUGUUGUAGUCGAGUUUGUUAGAGCACCCGCAAUAUCACCUUGCGUAUCUAGAAUGAAAGCAAAAGUCCUUUCACUUUUGCAGCAUCUGUUUGAGGCGGAAAGUGUCUCGUUCCUUGACGAGGUGGCAAGAGCAGGAAACAUACAGUUAGCCAGAAUUGUUGCCGCAGAGGUUCUUGGAAUAUUGAGGGGUGGCCUUUCUAACGCUACCAAGGCUAGUGCUCCUUUUGAGUAUCCAAUGGGUUUUGUGCUCCUUAACGCUCUGCGCUUGGCUGACGUGCUCACCGAUGACUCAAAUUGUCGACGGUUUUUCACAGAACAUUUUAGUAUGGUUCUCAGUGCUGUAUUUUGUCUCUCUCAUGGAGAUUUCUUGUCACUGCUGUGCUCUUCUGAUCUUCCUAAAAGGGAGGAUGAUGCGACACUGGAUUAUGAUCUGUUUACUUCAGCUGGAUGGGUUUUGAGUGAUAUUUUACCUGGUAGUCAAGUAGCCGUACCUCAAUUCAAGCUUAAUCUUCAAAAUAAUCUCACCAUGUCUUCGUACGCACAUCAAAGAACAUCCUUAAUUGUUAAAAUCAUGGCGAACCUUCACUGUUUCGUCCCUGAAGUCUGCCACGAAACGGACAGGAACCGUUUCAUUGGGAAUUUUGUGAGUGGAUUGCGAAAGGAUCCUUCAAGCAUAUUGGCUAAUAUAUUGCCAUAUUCUUCAUAUACUCCAGAGGCACAGAGAGGCACUGGUGUUUGCAAAAAUCUACGUUCUCUGUUGCGCCAUGCACAAUCCUUGAUCCCUACUGCCCUCGACAACGAAGAUUUCGUCAUUUUUAGGGUGUUCUACGAUCAGUUAGAACCACUAAUCUGUUCUGAGUUUAAGGAUUGUCAAGCUCAGGAUAUUCAAGGUGCGGGAUGGAAUUCGUCUGGUAAGCAGCUAAGAAAAGAGCCUCUGAAUCUUAACGAUGUGGAAGCUUUAGAGAAUUCUGAUAUCCGCGUGGAAGGUGCGGCGGCGACGACAAAGCAAGGCGUGAACGAGGAGCUGGAACUAGCUGAACGGUUGAAAGAGAGCGACCUAGAUGGUAGCAAUCUUGAAACCAGUGGCUCAGAUUCGAGCUCCAACAGAGGGAAGAGCAUGGUUGAUCGGGCUGGAGAUGGAGAGUUGGUCCAUAAAGGGAGUGCGUCGGGAGAAGUGAAGGAGUCUGAGAGAGCUGAUGGCUAUCUUGUCUUUGAGACGCAGAGGAAGAAACGUAAGCGUAGUAUUAUGAAUGAUGAUCAAAUGGCCAUGAUCGAGAAGGCGCUUGCUGUUGAACCUGAAAUGCAGCGAAACUCGGUUUGGGUACAGCAUUGGGCCGAUAAGUUGAGUCAAAAUGGUCCUGAGGUCAUUACAUCAUCGCAGCUGAAAAACUGGUUGAAUAACCGAAGAGCCAAGCUAGCUCGAGCAAAUAAGAAUUCGGGACUAGUUCGUGAUAAUAACAGCUCAGGGGAUUUAGCGGAGAGUCCUGGAGAUGAAAACAGUUGGCAGCAAAAACCAGCAAUACCAUUUAUAGAUUUAGCUGCUGCAUCAUCGGAAGGGCUGAAGCAAGGGCAACAAGUGAUGCUCGUGGACGAGAGAGGAGGCGAGAUAGGGAGAGGAAUGGUGCUGAAAACAGACGGUGAGUGGUACGGUUUAAGCCUGGAGGCAAGACGGGUUUGUGUGGUUGAUGUAAUGGAGCUUAGUGUGUCGUAUGAUUGGAGCAAAAUGAGCAUCCCUUAUGGAUCUGAUGAUGUUGGGAGGACUUUUGGAGAGGCGAACUCGAGGUUUGGAGUUAUGAGAGUGGCUUGGGAUGUGAACAAGCUUCGGUAUCAGACUGUUUGA